AUGUCGCAUCUCGCAAUCCCGUCCUCUCAGCGCCCCACCUCAUCGGCCUCGUCAUAUAACCUCCCCUCCGACACCUCAGACCUUGAUCCCGACAACGACGCUCCCCUGCCGUUCCCCGAAGCUCUUCCCCGAACAGACUUUCUUGUCCCGGACUUCGACCCAGCUGCCUACCUGUCCGCGCUCCCCCACCGCCACCAGACUCUCGAGGAUCUCCGGUCCGACCUUCGCGACCGAAGCGCAACAAUCAGCUCUGAGCUUCUCGAGCUGGUAAACUCCAACUAUACCGCGUUUUUGUCACUAGGUUCCGAGCUCAAAGGCGGUGAUGAAAAGGUCGAAGAUGUCAAGGUAGCCUUAUUGGGAUUCCGUAGAGCCGUCGAGGAGGUCAAGGCCAAGGUAGCAAAAAGGAGGGACGAGUCGAGAGAACUGAACAACGAGCUACGCGAUGUAAGGACAGGGAUUGAGCAGGGCAGGAAAAUGCUAGAGCUCAGUGAUAGGCUAUCAGCUCUUGAAGAGAGGUUAUCUGUGGACAGCUUGCCCGCUGGUGCUGGCGGGAAGGAAUGGGAUUCAGAGAGCAGUGAUGGGGACGAAGAGGAGGAUGGCGAAGGUGUAUCAGGCUUGUUGGCCAGCUCGCCUUCCAAACUGUUACAAUCGGCGAGGGAUUGUGGCGAGAUUAUUCUUUUGAAAGAAUCGCUGGAUCAGCAACAUCCAUUUGUGAUUAAAAUGGAAGAACGACUGACGAGAUGUCGGAACACCUUGCUGCUGGACUUGGGGAACGCCCUCAAGGAGGCAAAGGGAGCUGGCGUCAAGGGACAGGAUAGAGUUCUGAGAUAUUUGGCGAUAUACCGCAUGUUAGAUGCUCAGAAAGAGGCUGUAAAGGCGCUCAAAGGUGGCUAG